AUGGCGUCAACUCGGCGUCAACCGCUUCUCACCGAAAACCUAACUUCUCCGAAAAAAUCGUCGUCAAAUGUCGGAGAAGUUGCCGGAGUUACGACGGCGAAUUGCGUCGCUGUUUGCUGUUGUUGUCCAUGUAUUCUGGUGGAAUUUAUAAUCAUGGUCGUGUAUAAAGUUCCGGUGAAUCUCUGCCGUCGGAUGCUGCGACGGCGGCGAAAGAUGAUGAAAAGGAAGAAGAUGAAGAAAGGGCUUCUAGAAGAAGCGAAAGAGGUAGGAUCUGGUGUAAGUGAGGUGUACUAUAAGACUGGAUUUGUUGAUGAGUUUUCAGAUGUUUAUAAGAAGGAAUUUGAGAUGAUCAAAGUUUCAGUUGAUGGAUCAACGGUGGAAUUGGAACGAAAGAUGUGGGAACAGUUUCAUGAUACUGGUUUCUGGAGAAGUUCUUCUCAGAGAUUUUCUUGA